AUGAGGAGUGCACCUCUCAAGAGCGUCAACGAAGCUCGCAUCUUCGUUGAGGAGAUAUCGCAGGUGAAGGAAGAGAACUGGUGUCUAGGCUUGUUGACCGAUGGUGGCGGGAGGCUUCGUCUGGAAGAGAUCUUCCAGUCAGAGCACGUCGUCUGGUCAGCUAACAGAACUAUGCCGCUCGAACAAGCAUGUACUAUGAAGGAAGUGCUAUUACCACUCAUGAAGUGCUGUCAGCAUCUUAUUACAAAUUUUCCUCAUCUAAAUCGUCAAAUCCAUGUGUUGAUGACAAUCUUCAACUACAAUGCUCAAUUCGUCGAUAGCCUGUUGAACUUGAUUGCUGAUGAGAGAGAAAACAUUCCAUCAAGAUUGGAUGUUGAAGAGCUGCACGCAGUCUGUUUCUUUGCCGUGAAAUUUCUUCGAAUUCUCCCCCAGAAAGAGACGCACGAGAGAUAUCUUGGACUGCUUCACAACCUUGAACAGAGACUUGCUCAACUUACCGCCAAUUCACGGAAGCAUGACGCCUGGCUGACAUUGGACGCGUUGAAAGCAUUGAUCGACAAGCAAGCCCCAGUAGAGGUGCCUAAACCCAGAGCUCGGAAGCAAACCAGCGCCUCCCCGUUGAUCUUCCUACCAUACUCAGGACCAGGCGAGCUGAACGAAACUGGCAGGCGACAUGACAACGACCAAGUCGAUAUCGCGGAUAUCAAUAUCAUCCCAACUCCCAAUGAGCUGCUAGCCGAACAGCCGCCUUGUCUGCCACAGAACAAAGCGACUGCUCCACAUCACCUUGCUCCUGACUCCAUCCAGAGACUCCUUGACGUUCAUUUCCGCCUUUUUCGGCAUGAUUCGAUCGCAAACUUGGCGGAUCUGAUGCAAAACCUGAGUAGGAGAAAAUCUGCGGUGGUAGAUUGGUUCAACAAGAAAUCAGGAAGUGACAAGCAUCGCAUGGAUGUCGAAGGAAGCUCAAACUUCCACUCCUUCUUCGUCUUCAGAAAUGUUCGCUUCCUUGACUACGCCUUCAACAACAUCGCAGGGGUGGUGCACCGAUACGAGAUGGAUCAAAUUGUGUCCUUGAAGAACGCCAAGAAGGCAAUGAUGGAGCAAGAAUGGAAAGCUGGAAAGAUCCAAGCCCUCCAGAAGGACGACGUUGUGCUUCUUGUUCGGGUGAACAAACUCGCCGAAGAAGAUUUCAGCAGGUGCUUCGGGUUAGCAACGGUCACCUCGAUUACUCCAAAGCAUAAAGAAAAUGCACAGUGCAACCGGAUUGAGGUGGAACUCAAACUUGAGCCCUUGGAAGGUUAUGACGUGGAGGACUUCAAACGCCUACACGAAGUCUACGGCAUCAUCGAUCCUCGUUGCGGUUUCUACAGCUUUAAGAGUAUUCUCCAGACUUUGCAAGCAACCGAGUAUGAGAGUAUCUCCCCUGUCCUCGCUCAGCUUGCUCUCAGCACUGAAAAUCUUAUUCCUGUGUUUCCCAAGAACCUUGAAAGCGUCGUUUGGAACUUUGAGUGUCUGCUAAAGCCUGACCUUGACUGGCAGCUGAGGCAGGAAGUCCUGCCCUUGCUGCGGGCAGUGACGGCAGAGCAUCUCAGGGAUGACACCUUGAGAGCUUUGCUGAUCGAGCGGCUGCAAGGUGUGAGCUACUUGGACGCAGAGCAGACGAGCGCGCUGGUGCAGACGCUGACAAGAUCCUUGGCCAUUACUCAGGGCCCGCCAGGGAAAACGUUCCUUGGCAUCGCCAUCGUCAAGCUGCUGCUGGCCAACGGAGUGAUAGGACCUGGAAGCCCCCUGCUAUGUGUCUGCUACACCAACCAUGCUCUAGAUCAGUUCCUUGAGCACCUCCUCGAUGAGUUCCCGGGCCUCCAACUUGUUCGGCUCGGAACGCGUACACGAUCUGAACGACUUACGGAGUACUCCCUGGACAGCUUUAGGGAGACGAUCUCCCGCAGUCAGCGUUCAAAGCCCUUGAGAUUUCAGUUCGGUCGACUCCGUGCAGAGGAAGAAGAAUGCGAAGACGAGAUAGAAAGGCUUGAUGAACUCAUCAACAUCCGUAAGCUGUCUUGGGAGGCGUUGGGUGAUUAUGUGGAGAUUGAAUUUCCGUCAAUCUUUGACGGUCUGGUCGAGGCAGCGAACUGGAUUCGCGAAUCUGACUUCGAGCUCAACACCAAGAAAGACAUCCUUCAGCUGUGGCUCAAUCCCCUCAGGCGAGUGAAGAUCAAGAAAGGCAAGGGCAAGAAGAACAAGCAAGCAGCGUUCUCCAACACUUAUGCAUGCCUCGGCAAUGACAACGAAAAGCAGCCCCAAGACCCGGCGGAGGAUGCGCAGAAGACGAAUGGAGGGCCAACAGCAGAGAGCGACCGAGAAGAAGCGAUGAUGUUGCGGUACUUCUACCUCCCUGAGAACCCGGUGGAGUUGCAGGUGGAUCAAGACCAGGAGCUGCCUGAGAUCGGAGACAUCUGGGCCCUCUCCUUGCACUCGAGGAAUCAGAUCGUACAAAUGAUCCUCAGGCACUUCAAAGAGUCUCAGACGGAGAUCAGGCUCUCCCUUUACGAGCGACUGGCAGACAUCCACGAGCAGAGGAGGCAGUUGCUGCGGGCCCAACAAGUGAGCUUUCUCAAGCAGCACUGCAGCGUCGUCGGAUGCACAGUCACUGGGAUGAGCAUGUUCCGGGACCUCAUCAACGGCUUGCAGAGCCAAGUGGUUCUCAUCGAGGAAGCAGCUGAGAUCCUCGAGGCUCAGACUUUGUCGCUCAUCGGAAGCUCCAUCCAACAUGCCAUCUUCAUCGGAGACCACAAGCAGCUUCGCCCCAAGGUGAACUGCUACGACCUGACCGUCCAGUCCAAGUCCGGCUACGACAUCGACAGGUCCUUGUUCGAGCGCCUCGUUGAAGAUCGCGACACCCCAACCUCCGUGCUGAGAAGGCAGUACCGCAUGCGCCCUGAGAUCUCCGACCUGAUCCGGCAGACCAUCUAUCCCGAGCUGCUGGAUGGCGAUCGAGUGCUGCAGUACCCGCAGGUGAGCGGAGUGGUAUCUCCGGUGUUCUUCUGGAGCCAUUCAGUACCCGAGGAUAAGUUCCAAGACAAGGACAUGAAGUACCAGACGCAGGAGGGCUCGAAGACUAACAUGCACGAAGUUGCCUGCGUCAUCGCACUCAUCCGCUACCUGGUUGCGCAAGGUUAUGGGACAGAUCGCAUCACAGUCCUGACGGGGUACCUCGGCCAGAGCGUCUUGAUCAAGAGAGAGCUGAAGAAGGUAGCGUUUGCAGCUUUCCUCGGAGAGAAGGACAGGGAGGAGGCAGAGCUGCUCUUGGCCGACGAGGAUUCCAGCGACGAGGGAGAGGAGGGCAAGCAAACUGCGACUGAAGUCUCCAGUGCCGGCAUCAGAGUUGCUACCAUCGACAACUUCCAAGGCGAGGAGAACGACAUCAUGAUCCUGAGCCUCGUCCGUUCGAACCCCAAGAAGGUCUCUGGCUUCAUGAAGGUUGAGAAUCGCGUCAACGUCCUGCUGUCUCGUGCCAAACACGGCAUGUACCUCGUCGGCAACACAGAGACGAUCACGUUCCACGACCGCAUGUGGACCAAAGUCUUGGGCCUCCUCUCUCAACGAGCUUGUGUGGGCGACGCCUUCCCUAUCGUGUGUCAGAAGCAUCCCAACGACAUCCGUUACUGCAAGCACCCCCAGGACUUUCUCAGGCUGUCUCAGGACGGAGGCUGCAUGCUACCCUGCGAGGCUCGCUUGAGUUGCGGGCACGUCUGCCCUCGCGCUUGCCACCCCGACGGCCAUCAGGGGUUCCAGUGCCUCCAGCCAUGCACGAAGAGGCCGAAAGGCUGUCAGAAGCAGCACGAGUGCAGGAAGCUUUGCUUCCAAGACUGCGGCCUCUGCUCAGAGAUCAUCACGGACGUCAAGCUGCAUUGCGGCCACUUCAACUCGAUCGAGUGCUGGAAGACAGCUGACCCCAGGAAGGAGUACUGCUCUCAGACCGUCACCAUCGCCAUGCCGGUCUGUGGCCACGAGGUUCAAGUUCCCUGCAGACUGUCUGACCAAUACUUGGAUGGAGAGUUGCUCUGCCCUGUGCCAUGCGGCGGGCAGUUGAAGUGCGGCCAUGGCUGCACGUCUCCUUGCGGCAAGUGCCUCCGAGCGGGGUGUGCAGCACAAGACAUUGACUUCAUGAGCUCCGAGUACAGGGAUAUUGUCCCGUUGCAUGCCAAGAGCUGCAACGUGCGAUGCGAGCAAAAGUUGUCGAACCUGUGUGGUCACACCUGCAGAGCUCCUUGCCAUGCCUUCUACGGCACCAAAUGCGGGGAGGCCGUGUGUCAGGACCAGUGCACUCUGGCGUGCCAGCACUCGAAGUGCUCCAAGCCAUGCGGCGCCAUGUGUACACCUUGCAUGGAGCGCUGCGACUGGGCGUGCGAGCACGUGAAGCCAUGCUCGCUCCUCUGCUUUGCCCCCUGCGAUCGCCUUCCCUGCAACAAGAGGUGCAACAAGAAGCUCAAGUGCGGCCACCGGUGCCCCAGCGUCUGCGGCGAGCCAUGCGGCCCUUACGAGCGCUUCUGUCCCACCUGCGACACGACCGGCAAAGUCCGCAAGCUGCAGGUCGACCUGCUGACCUUCUCGACGCUAGAGGAGGCGAACCUGGACGAGGACCCGCUCAUCUUGUUUCCCUGCAAGCAGCACGCUCUCCAGAUCAGCUCCGCUGACGCGCACAUGGAGCUGCACAAGGCAUACGUGCAGGACGAGAAGGGCGACCUGGUGGGGCUGAAAGAGGAGGGGGUGGCGACCAAAGACUCGUUCCUCAACAAGCUCUGCCCGUUCGGAUGCGGGAGGACGAAGAACGACGGGUACAGGAUGAGGCGGUACGGACGGGUGGUGAAUGCUAGGAAUGCGGUCCUCUGCCAGCAAAAGAUCAUCAUCCAGACGAACGUGCUGCUGAAGAACUUCAAGGACGAGAACCUUGAAGCGUCUCUGUCCGGAGAGAGCAAGGCCAGGCUCUUCGAGGAAGCUUGUAGGAUCCACGAGCAGCUCAACGACUUCAAGAACACCAUCACAACAAACAUGAAGAAGAAAUCCUCCUCCUCCAUACACCAACGACUGGUAGAACCGCUCCCGACGGUUCGCGCAAAGUCCAUGAACGUGCUCCUGCGAUGUGCGAUGGGCGUUGAAAUUCCCCUUAAACCAGAACAGGUCAAGGAGAUUCAAGACAGCAGCUUUGUUCUACUUCAAGACCUGGUGGAGCUGAAAGCAUACUCUUCCUUCUUGUCGCUCACGGACUCCCUGCUCUUGUACCUCAUCGAACGAAGGGACUUCGUGUCCAUCCGCAACUUCUUCGACAUUCUUGGCGUCGUGAUCAGCUCGGAGCUGCCAGACAACAUGAUGCACAAGGUCGUGUGUCAAGCCAUGAUGUGCUGCUGCACACUGAUGUCAGCCGGAAAGUUGAAGCUGACCAAGAAUCUCAUCAUUGAGGUUCAGAACAUCGUGGACUCUUCCGCUGCCUACCUCAGAGCAUGCCGUCCUGGGGAGCAACUAGAGGAGUGGAAGCAGCUUGCUGACUCGUUCAGUAUGCUCCUGAUGACCAUGAAGCGCUACAAUGAGAAAGAAGUCAACCUGAAAGGCCUCUCACGUAUGCUGUCCGAAGUUCGCCAAGUGUUGAUUCAGCAGGCAAAGUCACUGCAGACGUCAAACGAUCCAGAGGUGGCCAAGGCAGCUGGGCGCGUGUUGCAGAAGCUCGACACUGGAGUCUCUCGGGAGGACUUCCAGCAGAUCUUCAAGGCCAUCCAGUUCCACCCAUCGGACGAGGGAUGGAACGGAGGGCACUGGUACGCCUGCCCCAACGGUCACCCCUACGUCAUUGCAGACUGCGGCGGAGCGAUGGUGACCGCCAAGUGCUACGAGUGCGGAGCGAUUGUAGGGGGGGAACAUCACCGUCUGCAAGACGCCAACCGAGUCAUCAGGUCGGAGGAAGAGCUGUUGGCGAUGUCAAGGUCGCAUGCUGGUCCUUGA